AUGGCUAAGGCCAAGAAAACACUUGCACUUACCAUUUCACUAAUUUCACUUGCCAUUACCACUUGGGGAAGAAGGCUAAUAAUACCCGAGUCCCCACCGUGCGAUUUUCCGGCUAUUUACAAUUUUGGCGACUCGAAUUCUGAUACGGGCGCAAUAUCAGCUGCAUUCUGGCCCACACCUCCACCCUACGGUUUAAGCUACUUCGGAAAACCUGCCGGGAGAAAUUCUGAUGGCCGCCUUAUCAUAGACUUUAUCGCCGAGCAUUUGGGACUGCCAUAUUUGAGCCCUUACUUAGACUCGAUCGGCAUGAAUUUCAAACACGGCGCGAAUUUCGCAACAGCCGGAUCCACAAUUCGCAUGCAAAACGAGACCAUAUUCGAAAAUGGCUUAAGCCCCUUCUCACUCGACGUUCAAACCGUGCAGCAUUAUCAAUUCAAGAUCCGAACAAGCGAACUAUAUAACCAAGGUGAUGAUCCGAUCCGCGCCCAAAAUCCAGCCGACAAAAAUAAGCUCCCGAUUCCUCAAGAAUUCUCGAAAGCUCUAUACACAUUCGAUAUAGGCCAAAACGACAUUUCGUCUGGUUUUCGAAAGCUGACUGUACCACAACUUCGCGACUCGAUUCCAGAUAUCAUCAACCGAUUCUCAGCUUCAGUCACGCUUAAAGAUAGAAUCGGCUCGUUAAGAGCCGAGCUUCCUCACGCGGCAAUUACAUACGUCAAUAUCUACUCAGCAAAGUAUCGGUUGAUAAAAAAUGCUAGUCUUUAUGGAUUCAACGAUCCUUUCAAAAUUUGCUGUGGCCAUCAUGAGAAUAACGUUCACGUGUGGUGCGGGCAAAGGGUGACGAUCAACGGCACAGAUUUAAUCGGUGACAGCUGUGGGUCGCCGGAAAGUUGCAUAAGCUGGGAUGGGGUCCAUUACUCUCAGGCAGCCAAUCAGUGGAUUGCAAAUCAAAUACUCAAUGGCUCAUUUUCUGAGCCACCAAUCCCAAUUUCUAGAGCUUGUCUUAAGCAUUGA